UGCAUUGUGGAGGGGGGAAAAUCCAGUAUGGCCGAUUUGACUCUUCCCUUGUCUUUCCGAGUUGUGAGCCAUCAUGCCGCCUAAAAAGGACACGAAGGGGUCUUCCAAACAACCCCAAAAGACCCAGAAAAAGAAGGAGGGUGGAUCUGGUGGCAAAGCCAAAAAGAAGAAGUGGUCCAAGGGAAAAGUUCGUGACAAGUUGAACAAUCAAGUAUUGUUCGACAAGGGCACAUACGACAAACUUCUUAAAGAAGUCCCUCAGUACAAAUUGAUCACACCAUCGAUAGUCAGCGAAAGAUUGAAGAUCCGUGGUUCCUUGGCGAGGCGAGCAUUAAUCGAGCUUCAACAAAAAGGACUCAUCAAACAAGUUGUUCAACAUCAUGCUCAGCUUAUUUACACACGUACCACUAAGGGCGACGAUCCAGCUGCGUAAUACAACUUUACACAAUGUGUAAAUUCAUUUAAAUAAAACACCCAAAAAAAUCUA